CUUUGACAUGAUAUGACAGUGACAUUGACUAUCUAACCUCUAGUGUCAUCUUCAUCUCGGCUACGUACGAAGGGCGAACGGACUCCAGAAAAUACAUUAAAUUAAGUUAUUUUUAUUAUUAAUCUAGUUUCAAUUCAGUCACAAUGUCAAAGCUACUAGCAUCACUAAAAAGCAAAGAAUUCAGGGAUUACCUGAUGAGCACACAUUUCUGGGGUCCGGUAGCAAACUGGGGCAUUCCUUUAGCAGCCAUUGCAGAUACUCAGAAAGAUCCCAGCUUUAUAAGUGGGAAAAUGACAUUCGCGCUGUCGCUGUACUCUCUAAUGUUCAUGCGGUUCGCCUGGCGGGUGCAGCCGCGCAACCUGCUUCUCUUCGCCUGCCACUUCACCAACGAGUGCGCGCAGCUCACGCAAGGCGCGCGCUUCAUCAACUACCAGUACCUCGGCGGCAAGGCCGCUAGCGAAAAUAAGGCGGCCAGCGAGACCACUAGUCAAAAAUAAAUAUAACGAGACGUCGCGAGCAACGUAAUCUUGCCAGCCAUCCUGUGUAGUAGCAAAAAUACCUGAAUCAAAAUCAUCCUUUUUAGGGUGGUUAAGACAGAGGUGGACUUGGUUAGUUUUUAAAAAUGUGUCGACGCAUAUAAAAAUUACUUAAGUCCUCAUAAUUGUCAUAAAUGAAAUUCUGUUAUAAUGUUGCGUGGACUAAAGCUAUUUUGAUAUGUAUAGACAUAAAUGAACGUUACAGUUUCUUAGCCGAAUUUGACACGUUUUAUGCCAGUUUCGUUUUAUUUACAUAGCAGAAGUUACCUUAGCUACCGAUAUGUUAUUAUGUAAGGUUUAAACACUGGGAACUUUAAUGAGCAGUAAAUAGAUAGUUAAUUAGUAAGCGGUAGGUAUUCUAUAAUGUCAAAUAACACAUAGGUAGGAAAUUAUAAGGUAAGGGGGCUCUAUUCGACUAUUUAGCCUAAUUUAGAGUGACAGUAGCCACCUCAAGACCUGUCAAUCUGACGAGUCAAAUAGGCCUCCAGUUACUAUGACAUAUCCUUACAUGUUAAAAUUGAUUUCGCUUUUUGAGUAUAGGUACGGCGAGCUGCAAAAGUACCUACAUACCCACUUUAUGAAUGGAAUUCAUCGUACAGUGGCUAUGCAUUUUUGCAGCUGGGUGUACCUUCGAAGUGAUAAUUAAGGUAAAUUGUGCUAGUGUAGAAACUGACAUGACUCGAUCCAUUAAUUAUUAUACGUAGGUUGUAUAUUCUUUAUGUUUCUAAAGAUGGGUAUAUUUUUUGACUAUUUAUGAAUAUCGAAUAUUAUUAAUUAUUACAUUUAUUGUUGAUCUGUUUAA